GCGGGGCCUCGCCGAGGACCCGGGGCUGGGCGCCGACGCCGGUUCGUCUACCCUCUCUCCGAGCCGCCUCCUUUCAACCUUGUCCACGGGUUGGCGUGGCCUCUGGUGCAGCGCCGGCGGCUCCCGUUCCUGUCUGCUCUCUCCCUUCCUUCCCUCCCCGCCAGGUCCUGGAGCUCGCCCGCCAUGGCUUUACUCACUGCGGCCGCCCGGCUCUUGGAAGCCAAGAAUGCAUCCUGUCUUGUUCUUGCUGCCCGGCAUGCCAGUGCUUCUUCUACGAAUUUGAAAGACAUACUGGCUGAUCUGAUACCUAAGGAGCAGGCCAGAAUUAAGACCUUCAAACAGCAACAUGGCAAGACUGUGGUGGGCCAAAUCACUGUGGACAUGAUGUAUGGUGGCAUGAGAGGUAUGAAAGGAUUGGUAUAUGAAACAUCAGUUCUUGAUCCUGAUGAGGGCAUCCGUUUCCGAGGAUUUAGUAUCCCUGAAUGCCAGAAACUGUUGCCCAAGGCUGAGGGUGGGGAAGAACCCCUGCCUGAGGGCUUAUUUUGGCUGCUGGUGACUGGAAAGAUUCCAACAGAGGAGCAGGUAUCUUGGCUCUCAAAAGAGUGGGCAAGGAGGGCUGCUCUGCCUUCCCAUGUGGUUACCAUGCUGGACAACUUCCCCACCAAUCUACACCCCAUGUCUCAGCUCAGUGCAGCCAUCACAGCCCUCAACAGUGAAAGUAACUUUGCCCGAGCAUAUGCAGAGGGUAUCAACCGAACCAAAUACUGGGAGUUGAUUUAUGAAGACUGUAUGGAUCUGAUUGCGAAGCUACCUUGUGUUGCAGCAAAGAUCUACCGGAAUCUCUACCGAGAGGGCACCAGUAUUGGGGCCAUUGACUCUAAGCUGGACUGGUCCCAUAACUUCACCAACAUGUUAGGCUAUACUGAUGCACAGUUCACUGAGCUCAUGCGCCUGUACCUCACUAUCCACAGUGACCAUGAAGGUGGCAAUGUUAGUGCCCAUACCAGCCACUUGGUGGGCAGUGCCCUUUCAGAUCCUUACCUGUCCUUUGCAGCAGCCAUGAAUGGGCUGGCAGGGCCUCUACAUGGACUGGCAAAUCAGGAAGUGCUUGUUUGGCUAACACAACUACAGAAGGAAGUUGGCAAAGAUGUAUCAGAUGAGAAGUUAAGAGACUACAUCUGGAACACACUCAACUCAGGACGGGUUGUUCCAGGCUAUGGUCACGCAGUUCUAAGGAAGACAGAUCCACGAUAUACCUGUCAGCGAGAGUUUGCUCUGAAACAUCUGCCUAAUGACCCCAUGUUUAAGCUUGUUGCUCAACUCUACAAGAUUGUGCCCAAUGUCCUCUUAGAACAGGGCAAGGCCAAGAAUCCUUGGCCUAAUGUAGAUGCUCACAGUGGGGUGCUACUUCAGUACUAUGGCAUGACGGAGAUGAAUUACUACACGGUCCUGUUUGGGGUGUCGCGGGCACUGGGUGUACUAGCACAGCUCAUCUGGAGCCGAGCCCUAGGAUUCCCUCUAGAGAGGCCCAAGUCCAUGAGCACAGAUGGUCUAAUGAAGUUUGUGGACUCUAAGUCAGGGUAAAACAAGUCUGGGAGGAAACUGACUACCAGAAAGUGAGGAAGCUUAAAAUACAUAUAUAUAUAUACAUACAUGUGUAUAUAUAUAUACAUAUACAUAUGUGUGUGUGUAUAUAUGUAUACACACACUUUUGUUUCAGGGGGCCUUUAAAGACUUAAGAUUAAAUUGUAUCUGAGGCACUGAUAAUAUGUUUGAGGUUAAAAUAUAAAUUACAACUUUAAAUAAUGAAAAGUGACCCCUUAUUCCCUAACCAGCUCCCUUCCCCUGCCUGGUAUGAACUGCCCAUUCACUGUAGAAUGACCAAGACUAACGCAUGUAGUACAGGUUAGGUUUGGUUCCCCACCACGUCUAGAGUGAGAAUCUGGCUCCUCUUUCCCUGGGUCACAUCUGGUUGCAGAGUCUGCAGCAGUCACUUUGGAGCUUUUGCUUCUACUCUACCAAGCCCUCGGUUAUCCAGUAAACCAGGACUUUGUCCUGCUCCAUAGGAAUUACGUUGGAUUGUCAGCUGCACCCAGCCCCUUAGCCCUAUCCCAUACACAUAAAUGUCUCCUAGCAGAGCCUAUUGGUUAGGUGGACAUGCUUUGACAAUUUUUUUAUGCCACCAGGUGAUCAUAAAAGCAUGGCAUUUGUUGUGACUGGCACCCAGUGUUUAAUUUUCACUUUUUAAAAUUAUCUCAUUAAAUUAAAGUCUGGGAGUAUUUUGUUUCCCAUUACUUUAAAAUUUACCUUCUUCCAGGCUUUCUAUACCUGCUGUACCUCAGUCUGUGGGUGUUCUGGACCUUCCCCCCUUGGUCCCCAUUAGAGACCUCUUUCAGCAGAUCUGUCUGAUCUGUGGUUUGUCCCAGUCAUUGGGUUUUAUCAGUGCUUAAUGUGAACUAAGCUUUUUACUUCCACAGAAUACAAGCCACUACCUUCUGACCAUCAUCCCCACUGCCCUUUAAUAUGCUGUGGGACAGGGACUUAGGAAUGAUCAGCAUCAUAUCUUUAGAGUCUGGUCCCAGGGUUACUAGCACCCCUUUUGAAUAGGGAAAUCAUUCAUGAUUGGACAUGGAUGCCUUUGAGUAUCAGAUCUGGGGAAUGAGGAUAUUAAAAGUGGUAAGCUCCUCUCAUCUCCUGCCUCAAGAAGAUGCCCCUGUAUUUAUCAACAUCCUUUUCCUGCCUCUUCCCCAAGAGCUCACAGUAUGUGUUUUAGAAGCCCCAUUUGCACAGGUUUUCAACGACUCAAUACUCUCCUGCCUUUUCUUUGAGAAAGGGUUGAGAUACACUCCUGCUGUGCCCCUUUCUUCCUUCAAAACUCCUGCCUGUGUUUGUGUGGAUCCCCAAUCCCCAGAACCACACUUGUCAAGAUGGACACACUGUAACCCCUGGGUAACUGUCAGGUCAUGAUGCAGACUUCAGGUUGUUCUGUAUAAAAUGCAAAAUAAAUGUUUUUAUUAACAAUG